AUGGCGGAUCCAAACGCGCAUCAUUUAAACCAACACUAUUUAACUCAACAAUCUCCACCACCACCAACACCUCCGCAACAACAAAGAGGAAACCAACUUGUAGGAAAUUCAGUUCCACAUCUUAUGAUAGAUCCAAAUAUGCAACAAGUUGCUUUAGCUGCUGCCCCUCCUCCCCCUAUGCAACAUCAAUUUCAACCUCAACAUUAUAACGUCCUUGAUAAUUUUUGGCAACAACAAGUGAAUGAAAUAAGACAUGGAGAUCACGAUUUCAAGGUUCACCAGUUACCACUUGCCAGGAUCAAAAAAGUAAUGAAAACUGAUGAAGAAGUUAAGGCACCUAUUUUAUUUGCCAAAGCUUGUGAUGUUUUUAUUACAGAGUUGACGAUGAGGGCAUGGCUCAAUGCCGAGGAGUGCAAGAGGAGGACAUUACAAAGAUCAGAUAUCGCGUCGGCUAUUAAAAAGAUAGAUAUGUUUGAUUUUUUGAUAGACAUAGUGCCAAGAGAAGAAAAGAUGAAUGUAAAGACUGAGAAGGUGUGA